UCUACUCUCUGGAAAUCACAUAUCUUUUCCAUCUUUAACCAUCACUAUGUUCUGGAACCUCCUCGUUGCUUCUUUCUUCAUAGGCUCAGCCUGUGCAAUGCACAUGGAAUACCUGAGAGUUGACUCUGCUGAGGAACUCCUUGAUGGGUCUUUGGAUUCUACUGAUGAGGAUGAGGACUUGGCGAUGUCUGAGACACAGCUACUCCCUGGUGCCUGUUGGGCGUGUCAGUGGGCCAUGAAGAAAGUGAAAAAACAACUUGGCAAUAAUCCAACUGUGGACAUUAUUAAAGCACAAUUGAAGAAAGUCUGCAAUUCAAUCGGAUUCCUUCGAGGUCUCUGCAAGAAAAUGAUUAACAAGUACUUGGAUACCUUGGUGGAGGAACUUUCUACCACAGAUGAUCCAACAACAAUCUGUGGUAAUCUUGGUAUUUGCAAGUCAUUGAGCAUGCUGGAAUUGUUCCAAGCUUUUCCACAACACCACAAGCAGAUCUGAAGGAGAACUCCACGAGAAGAAAUUAAUAAAAGAGGAAAUAAUAAAUUUUUGAAAUAUAACAUGCUUUCAAAUCAUGAUAAAUUCAAUGAUUUUGUGCUAAUAAACAUAUUUGAAAUCAA